AUGUAUUACAACUACUUGGAAGCUUCCGGUUACGUUGGCACGUCGUUCCGGAAGUGUUUUGAGGAGUCGUACUGCAUCGCCGUCAUCGAGCUAGCCAACCGGAAUCUGGGCCCGUUCUCGGCGCUAGUCUGCACCAUGUUCUACGGGCGCCGGCACAAGGCGGCCGCACUGGCCGGCACCGAACGCGUGCUGGGGUUCAUCCGGGACACGGACCGGGACGCGGCCACAAAAUACCACUCGGCCGCGCAGUUGUCGCCGGUCACCAAGUACUACUCGGCCGCCAUGGUGGCCGCGUACACGGCGUGCAUAUGGCUGUACACGGCAGCAGUUCCGGUGACCGUCAUCUUUCCGUUCUGCGUCAACGCGCUGGGCCAGACGGCCGUCUACAACCUGAUCGCGUUUCAGUACCACGUGCUGGGCCAUGGUUACGCGCGCAUCCGUCGGCUGCUGGAGGUUGCCGUGGACACGUCGGGCCAUCGCGCCCGCAGGUCGCUGGCCACACGCGUGGCCCGCUUGGCCCGCGCGUCCGACGACUUUGGUCGCCAGGUGGGCCACCUUAACCGAGCUUACGCAAUGAUUCUAUUGCUCAAGUGGCCGUACACCGUGGUCCGCAUCAUCAUGGUUGUGUUCCGCAUCAUCGAGCUGUCGGCCACCGUGCAGGAAGACCGGCCGUUCGCCCGCAUAGCCACCGUGCUCAUCGUUGAACAUGUGGGCGAAAUGCUCCUAUUCCUGGUGCAACUGUCGUAUUUCUGCUACACGGGCGCCCGCUUGUCCCGCCAGGCACGUGUUUUAUAUAUCUAUAACGAA